UAUAUAAGGUGGGACAUAUUUAUCGACAAUCAGUGCAAAUUCGGAACUGUUAAACUUAACAAGUGAAGUUACUCAUUACUUCAAAAUGACCAAAGGAAUUGGAAUCGUGGCACUGGCACUAUUUUCUUGCGUAGCAGCAGAUCCUUACUACAUAAGCUCUCCCUAUUACCCCUCGGGGUAUGCUGCAGCUUUGACUGCCGCGCCAGUAGCUACUACCAUCCCCGCCGCUCCCGCUUUACCGUUACCCGCAGUACCCGCAGUUCCAGCAGUACCAGCAGUAACCACUGUGCCAGCAUCCUGGAACCCAGUCACAGCCCUAUCAGCAUACGCUUACGGAUCAGGUUACAGUGUUCAAGAGUUCCCAGUGGUAAACUCAGCAUCGGCGCCUUUGGUUUAUGCCGGCCCUUACGGCUCUUCUUUGCCGUUGGCUUAUGCCUCCGACUAUUAUUACCGUAGAUAAAUUAUUAUAAUUGCAUUGUAUACAGAUUUUAUGUUUUGCUAAUAAUAUAAUUGUCUUCAAUUA